AUGUCAAAAGCUGUUAAUGUUGCCGUCAUCGGUACAGGUGUCGUUGGUUCUGCCUUCAUGGACCAAAUCAUUGCUAUGAAAUCUUCAAUUACUUACAAUAUCGUUUAUGUUGGUGAAAGCUCUUCCGCUUUAAUCUCAAAGGACUUUUCUCCAUUGAACUUGGACUCCAACUGGAGAAAAACAUUAACCGACUCUUCCGACAAAUCCUUACCUCUAGACGAUUUAGUCACUCACCUAAAGGGUUCAUCUUUACCAGUCAUCUUAGUUGACAACACUUCCAAUGCUCAAGUCGCUGCUACUUACACAAAAUUAGUCGAAAAUGGUAUUUCUAUUGCUACUCCUAAUAAGAAAGCCUUCUCUUCUGAUUUAGAUACAUGGAACAGAUUAUUUUCUGGUAAGCCAGGUAAGGGUUUCGUAUAUCAUGAAGCUACUGUCGGUGCUGGUUUACCAAUUCUUGCGCCAUUAAGAGAAUUUAUUCAAACCGGUGAUGAAGUUGAAAAAAUUGAAGGCAUCUUCUCUGGUACUUUAUCAUACAUUUUCAAUGAAUUCUCUACUUCUUCUCAAAAUGAUGUGAAGUUUUCCGACGUUGUUAAAGUUGCAAAACAAUUAGGUUACACCGAACCAGAUCCAAGAGAUGAUCUAAACGGUUUAGAUGUAGCUAGAAAAGUCACUAUUGUUGCUAGAAUCUCCGGCUUACAAGUCAAGUCAGUAGACUCUUUCCCAGUACAAUCUUUAAUUCCAAAACCUUUGGAAUCUGUUGCCUCUGUAGAUGAGUUUUUAGCUAAAUUAUCUGAAUAUGAUGGCGACUUAUCAAAGUUAAAGGAAGAAGCCGCUAAGGAAGGUAAGGUUUUAAGAUUUAUUGGUAAGGUCGAUGUACCAACAAAUACUGUUUCCGUAGGUAUUGAAAAAUACGAUGCCUCCCAUCCUUUUGCAUCCUUAAAGGGUUCUGACAACGUUAUUUCUAUCAAGACCAAACGUUACACAAACCCAGUCAUUAUCCAAGGUGCCGGUGCCGGUGCCGAUGUGACUGCUGCUGGUGUUUUAGGUGAUGUCAUUAAGAUUGCUCAAAGAGUUUAA